AUGCGUACGCUAAGCAUUAUAUCCAACAUUGCCAUCUUCUCGGUGACAUCAAUUUCAGCAUUAAAAUAUGGGCAAUUAUGUGAUUCCACGCCACUAUAUAGAGAAAGUUGGCAGUACGAUGACUCAUGUGCUGAUGUCUAUCUCUUUUGUGAUCCAAAAAGCAAUACAUGUAAUUACAAAGCAUGCUCCAAUACAGAUUACAUUGCCGGAUGGGACACCAACGUGAGGGAAUUUCCAGCAAGAUGCAAUGGAACGACUUUCUGUCCGGAUAACAGAUCGAAAUGUGAACCACAAGUUUCAGUAGGAUCUCAUUGUGAAGUCCAACGUGAUGAUGAAUGUUCAGGAACAGAUUCCAUUUGUUUAAAUUCCACAUGCUUCAUUAAAGGGGCACCUCUUGGAGGAAAUUGCGGCACGGAUAUUUCUACUUAUACUAGUUACGAUGCUGCCGGUGAUGCGAUACAACAAACCAUUAUUCGAGACAACUGCACAGACGGUACUUGGUGCUCUGGUUUCUUGUGUAUUCAAUCUAAAGAAGUGAAUGCAGCAUGCGAUCAGGAUAGAGAGUGUUUAUCAGGCACCUGUUCAAACAAUGGUAUCUGUAUAGUUGGACCCGAUGUGUUUCACAAGAUUGCCAACUGGCUAUGGGGCGUAUUGGCUACGGCAGUCGUUCUUUUUGUAGUCUUGGUGUUAUGUUUGUUAUGGAUUCUUCAUCGAUAUCAGUCAAAGCAAGAGCACGCCAAGAUUGUGCAGUUCUUUGGUGACAAUGAAGAGUUCUCCAAGUAUGCCAUGCUGAAUGAAGACGAUGGCUCGUCUUACCAUGAUUCCGACUCGUUGAGAGUGCCUACACCAUUCAGCAACCAACAACUCAAUGAUAGCCGCCAUAGUCUCGUUUACCUAACCACACCUGAUUACAACACCUCACACUCACUGACCAUCAAACCAAAGAACACAUCCUCGACUGGAUUGAAUACUAUGACACAAAACUCUCGCGCCUCAUCAACAAAUAAUGUAUCUAAUCUCUUUACCCGUGCACAUACUCCCGAUCCUCAACAAUAA